CGCAGACGGGGCUGGUUGUCUCAACGCGAGCUCGUAGCCGUCGGUGGUCGCGGACUCUCCGGGGCUUCAUUUUCCCAGCGACAGCAGUAGGACAGCCCCCCACCACAGGCCGUCGCCAUGGCGAUGCAAGCGGCGAAACGCGCCAACAUCCGUCUGCCCCCUGAAGUCAACCGAAUUUUGUACAUCAGAAACUUGCCAUAUAAAAUCACAGCUGAAGAAAUGUAUGACAUUUUUGGAAAAUAUGGACCAAUUCGACAAAUCAGAGUGGGAAACACUCCUGAAACUAGAGGAACAGCCUAUGUUGUCUAUGAAGAUAUCUUUGAUGCCAAAAAUGCUUGCGAUCAUCUGUCAGGAUUCAAUGUGUGCAACAGAUACCUUGUUGUCUUGUACUAUAAUGCAAACAGGGCAUUCCAAAAGAUGGAUACAAAGAAGAAGGAAGAACAACUCAAACUGCUGAAGGAAAAAUAUGGAAUAAACACAGACCCACCAAAAUAAGACUCUUAACCUUCAUGAGCAUCUGGCUCUUUAGGACAUUUUUUAAAAAAAAUCUCAUCAGUGUCUCUAGACUAAUAUUCCCCUGAAAUUUAUAUGCCCAGUUUGAAGCACUGGUAUUUUUAGUUCUUAAGUUUGCUGCAUAAAGCCUCUGGAGAAUUACAGCUUCUGGAGGAAAUUAAGAUUAGUCACUUGGUACACUGCUGUUGAUAUUUUAUCACAGUUUAGAGGCUUGUGCAAAGUUUUAUGCAUCAUUAAUGUAAUCAUUUAACCAUUACCGUCAGGAGAACGUGUAAAAUAUUCUGGGGUUAUGCUGAAUUGCAUCUCUUAAAAACACUUUUAAAUAUUUUUUGUUGUCGUUUCUUUCUUCAUAAAGGUAUCUGUAUAAUUUGUCUUCUCCAAAUGGUGUACUGUAACAAAGAAUAAUUUGAUAGGCCUUGAAAGUACUAUAAACAGGAUAAUUUCAAGUUGCCACCUCCCAA